CCAUGACCUUGCUCAUCCGCCUGUCCCCUAACCUGGCGCCAAAGUCGUUGCGCCAUUAACGGUGCCAUUAUUGCUCAGUGAGCUUUCGCUGCGUCUUUCAGGUGUCAAGGGGAAGUUCCUAGGAGCGUUUUGACUCCAACCGUCUCUCCUCAUGAUGGAUCUCUAGAGCAUUUAGCUCAUGAUUGGUCUAAUAUCAAGCCAGAAAUUCAGUAUUUUUGCCAAUCAUGAUGAAGUCGCUCGGCCUUUUCCCGUCCAGGCCCACAUAGUCCAAAUCUGGCCGUCAGCUCAACAGCCAAUGAGGCACCAGAAGCCAGCUUUUUCCCAACCACACCUCAGCUCACCUCGGCCGCUAGCAAGGACAUCAACCUUGCAAAAGGCCAUCUACAGGCUGUCAUUGCUCGACGUUUACACCCUCGAGUCCUCGACCACCCUUUCUACCUCUCCACAACGAUGUUGGAUCCCGUUCCAUUUCGACGGACCAACCCCCUUCGGCUCGGCGGCGAUGCGAAGUUCAGAAGGGAGGAGGGCAAUCCCACGCUUCCGGAAACGCUCUACACGCCAGUUCUCAGACGGAAUAGCAACGCUGCCAUUGCGGUACGCCGCGCCAUCUGGUCUGAUGUCGCUGUCCAAGGCGGAGCCCGGCCGGGACUGCAGGCGGUUGAAUUUAGUGUUGGUUCUUUUGGCGGUUCUUCCUCCGGCUUCUUCGGCCGCUCCAAUCAUGGCAGUGCCCUGAGUCUCGUGAAAGUCGAGCCGGCCCAGCAACUGCGACCUUAUUCUCCAAGGAGGUCUAAGUUGCAUAUCGAGAUGCCCAGUCAAGGUCACAUACGAUGCUAUGCGGGUUAUUGGGGCUACCCGCCGUCGCGGCCGCGCCUGCGUCGUUUCAAAGACGAUCUCCUGCUAGAACCUACAUGAUGCAGG